CGGAAGUGUCAGCUUUUCAGUAAUAAACGUCACUUGGAAACCGUUACGUAGAAACGCGGGGGCGGGGCGUGAUGGGACGUGGUAUAUUACUGAAACCCGGAAGUAGGCCAAACAAACGCAAACAUUUUAGCUUCGUUUUAGUUCGGACAAUAUUUUACCUCGACAGUUCAACAUGGGAGCUACGGGAAGUCAGCUCAGUAAGGAAAGCCUUUCAGAAUACCAGGAGCUGACGUUUCUGACAAAACAGGAGAUUCUCCUUGCUCACAGGAGAUUCACAGAACUACAGGCGAAAGCUGAUAGAAACAUUCAAAGCCACAGAGUACCAAUGAAUACUAUUCUUACUUUACCGGAGCUCAAGUCCAACCCUUUCAGGAAAAGAAUCUGUCGUGUGUUCUCCACGUCUGAAGCAAACGAUGGAAGCCUCUCGUUUGAUGAUUUCCUGGAUCUUUUGAGUGCCUUCAGCGACUCUGCCACUCUGGAAAUCAAAUCCCACUAUGCAUUCCGUAUAUUUGACUUUGAUGAUGAUGGAACCCUUGAUAACCGUGAUCUGGAGAAGCUGGUUAACUGCUUGACCGGUGAGACGGACGAAACAAAACUGACUGAUGAUGAAAUGAAACAGCUGAUUAACAACAUCCUUGAAGAGUCCGACAUCGACAAGGAUGGGACGGUCAACCUGUCCGAGUUUCAGCAUGUCAUUUCAAGAUCUCCAGACUUUGUCAGCUCUUUCAAGAUUGUGCUGUGAAGUCUGGCUAGUGUGCUUUGGAUGUCUGUCACCCUUUAAUUUGCCUUACAUUGUUUCAUUUUAAGCAAAGACUAUUUUAAAUACCUGCCUUAAUAUAUAUUUAGCUUUGAAUUUUAUCACUAUAGCUGUUUUAUUACUUAAACAAAUGUAUCCCUUUUUAAACUUUUCCAAAAUAAAAAAAAGGCUUUCAAAGUA